CAACGCAGUGUGAGAGCAUCAUUCAGCCGGCGAGGACGUUAAGACUGAAAAUUUUCUAAGGGGCCUGAUAGUGGCUGGUUUAUCAAAAUACUUUCUUUGGAGAUUAUUAAAAUUCCGUAAUUAUUGAACAAUUAAUUAUCUUUUGUGGAGCGUCUAUUUAUUUUAUAAAUAUUUAUAUUUUUUUUUCUUAUAUUGCGUUUUAUAUUUAUUUGUUGGAGUUGUGUCCUAAAAACGCGACAACGUUAAUGUUGUAGGAAUUAUCGACAAUCUUUAUAAUGAAAGACAUGAUACGGAAAGCUGGUGGUCGCAAUGUACAAAAAGCCAUUCGUUUCGCAUUGGAAUCAUUCAUUUCUGAUGAGUUGGCUAAACAAGUGACAUGGUCCGGAUUACACAGUGAGAUUAAAAUCUCAGCAUGUUUCUUCUCAUGCUUUGGGUUACUCAAUCUCAAAAUUAAUGAACUCAAAAUAUAAAAACACAAAGCCGGGAGAUGUUGUGAUGGCCGAUAGACGUCGGCUUCCGAGCUCGGAGCCACCUAAAACUACAUUAUUCCCAUCUUCACCACCACCAAAAAAAUCAAAAUUAUCUGAAACUAAUGAAGCUAUUGGAUUAGAGAUAGAAGAAGAGGCUGAAAUAAGUCUUGAAACAAGCGAAAUAUUAUCUAGGAGUAGUUCUUUAGAACAAGUUGAAAACCAGAAAGAAAAUCUGGAGGUUGAUAAUCCAACUGCUGGUCCUUCAAAGAGCAAAAGAGACUCACAAGAUAUAGAGAACUCUACAAAAUUUCUUGGGCGGCAAAUAAUGGGAAAGAAAACUGAUAGUUCGUUGGUUGGUGAGCAUGCUCAUUAUCAAGAACUAUCUCUAAUUGGUGAUGGAGCUUAUGGAACGGUUUACAAAGCCAAAGAUUUGUCUAGUGGCCAAGUUGUCGCAUUAAAAAAAGUUCGAGUUCCUUUAACAGAAGAUGGGCUUCCUACAUCAACUUUAAGAGAAAUUGCAGGAUUAAAACAAUUAGAAAGAUUCGAGCAUCCAAAUAUUGUAAGACUCUUAGAUGUUUGUCAAGGAAAUUAUCUUCAGCUUCCGAGCAGUGCCAAGCAAACUGAAAUAAUAAAUCGUGGUUUAACUUUAUGGUUAGUUUUUGAACAUGUCGAUCAAGAUUUGGCUUCUUUUAUUUCGGUAUGUCCACCUGGGGGAUUAUCAUCACAAUUAAUUAAGCAAAUGUCCAAAGAGAUCCUUUUAGGUGUUGAUUUCUUACACAGUCAUCGCAUUAUUCAUCGAGAUUUAAAGCCGCAAAACCUCUUAGUUACUCGAGACGGUAAAAUAAAAAUAGCAGACUUUGGUUUAGCAAAAACGUACGACUUUGAAAUGAGAUUAACAUCUGUAGUUGUAACACUUUGGUAUCGUGCACCAGAAGUACUUUUAGGAUGUCCUUAUGCAACUCCUGUUGAUAUUUGGUCUGUUGGUUGCAUUCUUGCUGAGUUGAAUAGACUUGCACCGAUGUUUCCUGGCACCAGUGAAGGCGAUGAGUUAGAUAGAAUUUUUCAAGUACUUGGUACUCCAAGUCAAGAAGAAUGGCCAAAAAAUGUAUCCCUUAGUUGGACAGCAUUUCCACAAAGAUAUCCAAUGCCGUUAAAAAACAUUAUACCUCAAAUAAAUAGUGAUGGUUUAGAUUUAAUCGCUAGUAUGUUGACAUUUAAUCCUCAUGUACGUUUAACAGCAGCUCAAGCUCUUCAACACAGGUAUUUUGCUGAUUCUUCAUCUUAAAAAGUAUUCUGUUCUUGUCAGUUUUUUUUUUUUAUUUAAUCUAAAAAUGUAGUUAAGUUGCUAAGAAUCAUUACGCUGUAACUAAUUUUUUAAAUAUCUAUAAUUGUAAAAAACAAAAUAAUUUAAGUCGUAUUAUACAAGUUCACUGUGUAAAGAUAUAAGUAUAUAAGUGAAGCCGAUCGAUUGGUUUUAUAUGUAUUAAUUAUUUAUAUCAAUGUACAUCAUGAUUGAUGGCUAUUCAAUGUAUUAUUUUAAGUUAAAUUUACGUACUAUUAUAAGUAAUCUUUAAUAUUAAUUUUUAUUGUGUACAAGGUACAAUUUCGUAAGACUGGGAUCAUAUUGAUCUGCACUAAUUAUCAAAAGUAGCAAAGCUGAUGUUAAAACCAGGUUUCAUAUUAAUAUUUUUUAUAUCAAAUUCAUAUCAGUACUAGUAUUUAAGUGGAAAUCAUAGUGCCUUAAUAAUAAGUCAUAAAUUAAUUUUUUA